AGCUAUGUCUAUGAUCUGCAUGAACUGUUGUACCCAUUGCUGCUUACAUCCAUGAUACCCCGCCAUCGCGCAGUCGCAAGCUGAAAUUUAUCUUGGCAAUUUGCCUUACAUGCGAGAAAAAUGUCCAACCCAAGUUAGAUCAUUCGCAUGAUGCUCGCGCACCUGCCUUUUUUCCAAAUCCUCGGGACCAAUCAAGAACAGGGAAUGGUAAUGGACUUCUCCGACGCUGACGGAGGUGUGCUGCGGCCUGCAUGUCUUAAUGAUGCUGCACGUUAUUUGAGGUGCAGCGCGACUGCAUGGAGCGAGGAUACAUAUAAAGUAGGGUGUGUGCCCGACCUAGGAAGGUACGACACAUAAGAGUUGCCUCUAUAGUAAACUGCAAAGCUCGGAUAAUGGCAUCAGCGUAUGACUUCGUCAUCGUAGGAGGCGGAACAUCAGGUUGCCUUCUUGCCCACCGACUGUCCCACUCCGCACGCAAACCGUCUGUCCUCCUCCUUGAAGCCGGAAGCAGCCCCUCUGGUGAUUACCUCCGCGCACCCUACCAUCGGUACUAUGCGCAAGCGCUCCGACCGGACCUGGACCACGGCUAUGUCUCUAAGCCCGAAGGCGCCUUGAACGGCAGAACGAUACCGUACACGCGAGGAAAAGGCCUAGGCGGAAGUUCCAUCCUGAAUUUCGCCGUGUAUCUGUACGGAAGUCGUGAGGACUACAAUCGCUGGAGCGACCUGGUAGACGACGAGAGUUGGAAGUGGGAGUCUGUCAAGGAAUCGUUUCAAGCUAUUGAGAACUAUGACUUUUCCGGCUCAAAAGAUUACAAGCAUAUCGCUGAUCCAAGUACCACCGCUCACGGUACGAAAGGCCAGUUGAAGGUUGGUCUUCCGCCUGUGCUUGAGAAAGGCGUAGUGCCACAGAUGGAGGCACUGGCUGCGGCUGGAGAGAAGAUCGUUAUCGAUGCUAAUUCGGGAGAUCCGGUGGGCAUUAUGGUCUUUCCGCAUAGCUAUAGUAAAGAGGGGAGAAGUACGAGUGCGAUUGCGCAUUUGAUGGACCCGCCGAGUAAUCUUGAGGUAUGGACAGAUGCGAAAGCAGAGAAGCUCGUAUGGGAGGGGAAUAAGGUCACUGGAGUCGUUCUCGAGGAUGGGCGGCAAGCGACGGCAAACAAGGAAGUCAUCAUCUGCGGUGGCUCAAUCGACUCACCCAAGCUAUUACUUCUCAAUGGCAUCGGACCAAGAUCCGAUCUCGAAGCCCUCAGCAUCGAUGUCAAAGUCGAUUUACCCGGCGUAGGCAAGCACCUGAAAGACCACGUCCUCACCUUCAUGACGGUGGAAGUCUCAGGCUCAAUCAAUGACAAAUACGCCUUUGACAGCAAUCCCGACCUCAUCGCCGCAGCUCAGGAAUCCUGGACCAAAGACCAGACCGGUGCUUUCGCUCUCCAAAACUCGUCGCUUUGGGGCGGCUUCCUCAAACUACCAGAGUUGGAAUCAUACGAAGAGUACUCCGCGCUUCCGCCAGACCUCCAAGAAUUCCUAUCCAGAGACCAAGUCCCAGCGUACGAGUUCAUCAACAACUCGAUACUGUGGCCACCGGGUACACAAUUGGAUGCAGGCAACACAUACAUGACUUUCAUCGCUUUUCUCAUGAACCCGCAAUCUAGCGGCUCGAUCACGCUGCGGUCCAGAAAUGCAUCCGACAAGCCAAUCAUUACGUUGAACUACCUCACGCAUCCCUACGACAUCCGCAUCUUCCGCGAAGCUAUCCGCAAUACAUGGACGAAAUUGACAGGCAACCCUACUAUCGCGCCACAUAUCGUGCGCACGGUUCUAGGCCCUGAAUCCAUGGGGAAUGCGGAUGUGGAUCGAUUUGCGAGUGAGAAUGCGGGUACCGUGUGGCAUGCUUGCGGGACGUGCAAGAUGGGUAAGGAAGGAGAUCAAAAAGCGGUUGUGGACAAGAAUUUCAGAGUUCGGGGAGUGGAGGGGCUACGAGUUGUUGAUAUGAGUGUUGCGCCGGUCGUGACGAACAACCAUUCGCAGGCUACAGCGUAUCUAAUUGCGCAGAAGGCAGCGGAGAAGAUGAUCCAAGAGUAUGGGCUGGACAGGGAGGGCUGAGGCUAUCAUUUGGUAGACGUGGCAGAUGCACGCUUGGCUGCCGGCAGAGAAAAGUGCCAGUUGUCAAUGUCUUGAAAAGUGACCUUGCAUCCUCGGUAGUGUUGAAUGUCACAGCUUGUACCUGUUGUCGACUUACGGUGUAGUGAUUGGCAUGUGCGGCACGCAAGGCCCCGUUGACAGCGUAGCAGGCGACCCACAACAUCACACGC